AGGAAAUUUCAAUGUUGGAAAACAUAUUUAUCCGCGCAUUGUGAAAUUGGAAGCAAAAUAAACUCCGGCUGAUCUCCUCUGAAAAAAGGAAUUCAGAAUCCCAAAAGAAAUGAAUUCUCUCGCUGAAUCUGUCCAAGAAGAUACGGACCAAAAUCAGGGCAUCAAAAGGAAAUCCUCUCAAGACUCCGCCAACAAUGAACAUAACUCUGACGACGAAAGCAGUCCCAACAAGCGCCCCAAGGAGGACGAUGAUCCAUUGGUGUCCAUAAAAACGGAGUCAGAGUCGGGAGACCCCGUCCAAAUAAAAACCGAACCCAUAGAUAAAGAUGAAGCUACGACUUCAUUUGCUUCCACAAGUGGCCCUCCUAAAAUCAAAACAGAACCGGCCGAAUCUACGACUUCAGUUGCUUCCACAAGUGGUCCUCCUGAAACAAAGAUCAAAACUGAAUCCUCUGCAUCCACAAUGGAUUCUGUAAAAACGGAACCUUCUGCUAGUGCAGAUCCUUCAUCAGGAUCUGUACCCACUGAUGGUCAAUCAGCAGAUGAUUCGUCCGUGUCCUCGAGCAGCACUAGGCCUUCCUGCCGCUUUGGUAUUCGUUGUUACAGACGCAAUCCAGUCCACAGAAGUUCAGAAGCUCAUCCAGGAGACCCUGACUAUCGACGUCCCAACUUCCCGGAUCCGCCUCUGGGCACCCCACCGUGUCCCUUCGGCAACGCUUGCUACCGCCGCAAUCCCAUUCACUUUCAGCAGCAUUCGCACCCUCCAGACUUCAAUUCCGCCCAGAACAUAAGCAACCGUCUCCGACAACGGAAAGCCAAGAAACCGCAGCAAGAUUUUUCUUCAGAGGACGAGGUGGAGGAGGAGGAGAAUGAGGAUCCCUUCGCUGAUGACAAUGACCAAGAUGCUGACUAUCGUCCAGGCGGGGAUAUAGACGACGAUGAUGAGGAGGACGAACUUGAGUUCGACAGCCAGCGAAUCAACAGCGAAGAUUACGAUUAAAUAGGAUCUGAAGUUCCAUUCCAUCCCAUCUAUUGGGUUUAUUGUUAAUCUAUAUUCUAGAAUAAGUUGUUUCAAAUACCAAAUUACUUAAUAUAUUAUUAUUAUAAACCUA